AUGGUGUCGCUCUGGGGCAGCAAGAAGAAUGGCGAACAGCCACAGUCCGACGAUGAAGAGCAAGAGCAAGAGCAAGAGCAGAGAGCCACAUCUUCACAUAGCCAACCUAGCAGGCCCUCAGAAGACGCCAAUGAACGAACGAGGCUGUUGCCUCGUCACGAGCAUGGCGUUGGUUACCUGAGUCCCGACGAUCCUGCAGUAUCUCCGUACAAUCUAUGGAGCGUUCGAGCAUUGAGAUGGUUCGAAGUCCUCUUCUUGAUCGUAACCUGCCUAUGGUGGGUGCUGCUUUUCAUCUCGAUCUUCAUCAGCCCCCCAGGCAUGCACUCAAGAGGGUCGGGAUUCUUCGAUGUCGCCUACACCACUCUUACCAUCGGCAACAUCUUGACGGCCCUACUGUUCUUUGCGACACCAUCCACAGCCAUGAGCAUCCUCCAGAUGGCAAUCUCCGUUCUCUUGCUGAUUGAUAUGAUUAUCAUCCUAGCGGUGCCCCAGAUAAGAGUCGAAGAAGGCUGGAUCGGCGUUGCGUCGGUCGUCUGGGCUGCUCUAAUCGGAGCGUACAACGUCAUCACCAACAGAACUGUGAAAUGGGGAAAGGCUGAAGAGGAAGAACGUCUCACUGGUCGCCAGGAAACCCGACGCUCGCUGCGAGAAUGGUGUGCUGUAUUCACAGCCACUUUCAUCAUGGUAAUUUUUGUCAUCAUCGCGGUACUUCUGACCGCGACCUUGGUCCUGCGAUCACGAGACGCCACGCUGCAAUCCCCUGGAAAGCGCUAUCUUGUGGAUGGAGACAAGUAUGCGGUGCAUUUUGCCUGUGUCGGUAACCAAACCUAUGACAAGGAUGGAAGCCCUAACCCUACCGUCCUUUUGGAAGGAGGCUAUAUGCCUGUCGAGUACUCCUUUGAGGAAUGGGUCUAUGAUGCCUACGUCAAUGGUACAAUUGGCCGUUAUUGCUAUUGGGAUCGACCCGGGUUAGCGUGGUCAGACAAUGCUCCAUCGCCUCACUCAGCUGGAAUGUCUGCUGAUGCCAUCUCGGAAGCAUUGGCAGUCGCGGGAGAAGAAGGCCCAUGGAUCCUUGUCUCGGCUGGAAUUGGCAGUAUAUACAGUCGCGUUUUUUCAGCGAGGCAUCCCCGGGACAUCAAAGGGAUGAUGUUCAUCGAUGGUCUCCACGAGGAUCUUCUGUACAAGAUUGCCAGUCCGGGACGUGGCUUUGUCCUUUGGGGACGUGGCAUCAUCUCACCUCUUGGUCUAGACAGACUUGCUGGCGCCUUGUUCAAAGGCCGCCUGAAAGAAGAUCGCGUGUUCGGCAGAUCGUCUUAUCAAGGGGGCAAGUUCAUCAAAAACAAACUGCAAGAAAAUUUGGUGGCGGAGUCUUUCACCAAAAACGAGGUUCUAGGGGCUCGGAACAUUCAGGAUCCAAACGUUGCGUUGGUGGUUGUUACAUCCGGAGUUCAUCUCAAACGCGAUAAGGACUGGGAGCGGAAGCAGCAAGACCUCACCACAGUUACAGAGAAGCUGAUAGCCUGGGACAUCGUGAACGGAGCUCCCGUGGAGGAGGUAUGGAGGUCGGCGGAGGGUAGGCAGAUUUUGGAGAAACGGCUUGGUCAGUUGUACAAGGGCACCUAG